AUGGAAUGUGCAACGAUGAGUAAUUAUUCGAAUGAACAUUAUGAAGAUCAGCGACAACAAUCAACGAACGAAUUCUCAAAUAGUAGCAGGGGCGACAACAACGAAGAAGAACAGACACAACAACAACGUAUGAAUUGGCUCAAAAAACAACUAGAGAUUGAACUCAAAGUAAAAGCGGGUGCCGAAACAAUUUUGAAUACUUACAAUGGCCAAAGAAAGGAAACAUAUAAGAAGAUGUGUGAUGAAGCUCAAAUAUUAUUAAAAGAUGCGAAAGCUAAAGCCGAUCAUAUAAGAUUACAAAUGAAACGAUUAGAAUCGGAAUCUCAAAAGGAUUCAACCGACAUAUCUAGUCGUGGUGAUCAUGAAGAGAAUCCAACCCAACAAAGAAUUAAUUGGCUCAAGAAACAACUCGAGAUUGAACUUAAAGUGAAAGCCGGUGCUGAAACGUUGUUAAAUACUUAUAAUGGUCAACGUAAAGAAUCUUCACGCAAAAUGUGCGACGAAGCUCAAAUACUUUUGAAAGAUGCAAAAGCCAAAGCUGAGUACAUACGAUUACAAAUAAAACGAUUAGAAUCGGGAUCAUUAGCGACUAAUAAUUCAGAUGACAUAACUCGAAAGUCGUCAGCAUUAUGGCCUCCCGAGCAACACGUUGAAGAAAUUCAGCAUCAUUUAUCAAUUGAACAAACGAUGAAGAAAGGAGCAGAGAAUGCUGUCAAGGCGUUGAAGCAAACUGGUGCAAGAAAAGAAGCAUUACUCGAAGCACAUCAUACACUAUUUGAAAGCAAACAACGUAUAGCAUUACUAGAAGAAUCAUUACGACGAAGACUGAAACUUCAAGAUCAAAAUGACCAUCAACGAAGACAAUCAGCGGCAAUAAAUGAAAAUAUUUCUGGGGAUCCAUCCGCAUCUUAUAUCGGUUCAUUACCAAAACCAGCACCUGUCACAGGAAAAUUAGAAGUUCGACUACUAGGAUGUCAAGAUUUAUUUGAAGAUGCAUUAUCACCGGCUGUUAGUAAACGUGAUAGUUUUGGUAGUCCAGAUAACAAAUAUCGUACAGUCAAACUAAUACCAGGAAAAAAUGAGUUAUCAAAUGAAAUAAAUGCCAUAUUACGUUUGGAUAAUGUUCGUGUUGUUGAAACUGGCUAUAAACCUUGUAGUCAGCAAGCAUGGGAUCAACGUUUCACAAUUGAUUUAGAUCGAGCUCGGGAAUUAGAAAUCAAUAUAGUCUGGCGUGAUUAUCGCAAUAUGUGUGCGAUUCGUUUUUUACGUUUAGAAGAUUUUAUAAAUCAAAAUGAUAUUAGUGGAAUGAUUAUUCAUCUCGAACCUCAAGGAGUACUAUUUGCAGAUAUCAAAUUCAUCAAUCCCUUAGUUAAACCAGCACCAAAACUGAAACGACAAAAGAAACUAUUCACGAAGCGGAAAGGACGAAAUUUACCUCGUCCAAGUCAUAUGCGUAUUGACGUCACAUUGUGGUACAGAUUGAUAACAAAGGGAGUAAUAACACCAAAUUGUUAUGAUGCAAAUUCAACGGUGUCACCAAACAGUCCAUCACAUUCUGCCUAUGAGUUAUACGAUCAAAGAAAUGAUACAGCAACAAGUUUAUCACCAAAUUCUUCCAUUUACAUAGCAUCAACUAAUCAAAAUUCGCAACUAGACGAGGAUCAAUCAUCUGUGGUUGCACCCUACGUACGAAGAAUACAUACAACGAAAGAAGUAAAAACAGUUCCUUAUCCACAAGAGUCUUUUACACCUGUUAACAAUGGUUUAUCGUCUCAAAAUAAACAAGUGUUACAACCUACGUCGUCAACAUCGAGUCGCGGUAACGUUCCUCCACCUGUCGCUCCUAAACCAUCGUGGCUUCGUACUACGUCAUCAAAUCAACCUCCGCCUCCAAUAUAUCAUCCUCUAUCCAAUGUGGAUCGUGUUCACUUAGGUGAUGUUCGUCAUUCUCAAUCAGUUGAGAACUACAUGAUCCAACCACAACUACCAUCCUCUGAACAAAACUAUGUUAUCCAACGCCAGCCAUCGUCAGCGUCGUCUCCAUUUAAUCGCUCAUCAUCGAUGAUUCUAUUAUCGUCAACCGAUCGUCUUCCACAACAACAGCCACCUUCUAAUCAGCAGCAGCCACAGUCAACCAUUAUGAAAUUGGCCGACUCCUUAAAUCAACAAACUGUAGAGGAUAAACAACGACCACAAGCAGUGCAACCAAUUUUGAAACAUUCUAAUAGUUUAGAUAGAACGACAAAUGGAAGAAAAAAAUCAUUAUCUACAGACAAAAGAUUUCCAAAAGGUGUUGUUAUUGACGCAUUUCGACUUGUUAGUGUGCUCGGGAGAGGUCAUUUUGGAAAAGUGAUAUUAGCUGAAUAUGUAUCUCGUAAAGGUGAUUAUUAUGCGUUGAAAGUAUUGAAAAAAGGUGACAUAUUAGCACGUGAUGAAGUUGAAAGUUUAAUGUCGGAAAAACGUAUAUUUGAAGUUAUUAAUCGUUCUCGUCAUCCAUUUUUAAUUAAUUUGUAUUCAUGUUUUCAAACACGUGAUCAUGUUAUAUUUGUUAUGGAAUAUGCUUAUGGUGGUGAUUUAAUGAUGCAUAUUCAUCAAGAUGUAUUCGAUGAACAACGAUCGUGUUUUUAUGCGGCUUGUGUCGUAUUAGGUUUAGAUUUUUUACAUCAAAAUAAAAUUGUGUAUAGAGAUUUAAAAUUAGACAAUUUAUUAUUGGAUAAAGAAGGUUAUCUCAAAAUUGCUGAUUUUGGUUUAUGUAAAGAAGGCAUUGGCUACGGUGAAAAAACAAGUACAUUUUGUGGCACACCAGAGUUUUUAGCCCCAGAAGUGUUAACCGAAUCCUCUUAUACACGAGCUGUUGAUUGGUGGGGUUUGGGUGUUCUUAUUUACGAAAUGCUUGUUGGUGAAUCUCCGUUUCCUGGCGAUGACGAAGAGGAAGUGUUUGAUAGUAUUGUCAACGACGAAGUCAAAUAUCCAAAAUUUUUAUCAGUUGAAGCAAUCACAAUUAUGAAAAGAUUAUUAAGAAAAAAUGUCAAUCAUCGACUUGGAGCGAGUGAAAGAGAUGCCGAAGAUGUCAAACGACAAUCAUUUUUUAAGCAUAGUGCCGAUGACGUCAGUAAUUUUGAUUCUGAGUUUACAAGUGAAGAACCCAUAUUAACACCAGCCAAAGAUCCACGACCAAUUCGAGAACAAGAUCAAUCAAAUUUUGUUGGUUUCGAUUAUGUUACCGAUUGGUGA